AUCUUUUAUAUUUUUUUUUUCCUUCUCCUUUCUGUUGGUUGGUUUUUCCUUCACCUUUUUUUUUCUUUUUUUCCUUGUUCUUGCUAUUAUUUAAACCUCUUUCAUCCCCAAUACAUGGAAGUUUACGAUGCUCUGCGAGAACAAGCAGAGGAGGAUGCGCAUAUGACCCUGAAGUCCAUGGGUAUGCAGCUGUGCAUCAACGUGGCCAUAUCCAUCGUAGUAAUACUGUGCGUCAGCUACCUUCGGCCUCGACACUUUUUAGCAUACCCGUCCAGCAAAGCGAGCAUCGGUUCAACCACCUCUACCCCGACUCGCAGCAGUAGUAGCAGUAACAGUAGCAGUAGCAGUUCUAGUACUAGAAGCAGUAGUGCAACAAGUGAUGGUGGUAGUGGUGAUGCUAGUGACACCAAACAUGCUGAGCUCGGCUGGAGCGAUUGGCUGAGACAGCUGGCAAAAGUUUCAGACGACUUCCUUAUCGAUGGUAUAGGCUACGACGCCGUGCUCUAUCUGAGGUUCAUGCGCACGCUUCGCAACAUCCUGAUUGUCCUGACGAUCAUCGCCCUCGCAGUCCUCAUGCCAAUCAACGUUGCCGCCACUCGGAUCACUGGCGACUGGCCGCCUGUUUCAUUCGACAUUGGCUUUCUUUCAAUCUCGGGCAUCAACUUUCGGGGUGGUCAGGAGGUCCAGGAUCCCGACCAAUCAUGGUACCUGUCGCCCGUCGUUGCGACCUGGUUCUUUACGGCGGUGGUUGUGUACUUCUUGCACAGAGCAACCAACGACUACAUUGCAAUGCGCAAGAAAUUCUGUCGAUCGCCAGCGUACAGCCUAUCCUCCCGAUCCCUGCUGGUCUCAUCCAUCCCUGCACAUGCCGCGCGCUCGGACGUUGAUUUUAAAUCGUGGCUGGAAACGCGACAUGGCAUUAUUCAAUACCCGAUCGAACAGGUCUGGCUGGGCCGGCAGAACUCAAAGCUUCUUGACCUGGUGCAACGGUAUCAAGAAGCCGUGUAUCACCUCGAGGACGCGUUGGCGGCGUACGCAAAAGGUGCACCGGGUCAUAGAAAACGGCCCUCUAUCCGGAUUUGGAAGAAAAAACAACAACACCACCAUCGACGAUUAUUGCCAUUCCCGUUUUGCCUAUUCCAGCGGGGCGAGACCAUGGAUGCGAUCGACUAUUACACGAAGCAAGUCAGUGACCUCAACCGCAUGGUCCGCCUCAAUUCCACCACCAAGAAAGAGUCCCUUUUGGACUACGGCUGGGUGACGUUCCGCAACAUGCGCAGUGCAAACAAUGCGCUGAAAGAAUUCAAGCGCAAAAGUAGUCGUCUCAGCGACACGAGGGCUUGCAUAUCGCCACCGGCCAAGGAUAUCUUUUGGUCAAACAUGUCCAUUCCUCAAGCCAUGCGGGCUCUCAAGGUAUGGCUUGGCCGAGGCCUGUUUGUGUCAUUCAUGGUUAUUUGGCUCAUUCCAAUUGCCAUACUAUCGGCCCUGUCCAACAUGGUCAACAUGAUUCGCAUGUACCCUGAGUCCCGCAGCAUGAUCGAAAAACACUCGUUUGUGAUCGGCCUUAUCCAAGCCUACAUCACGCCACUCACCAUGGCCUUUCUGUUCUACAUCUUGCCGCACUUUUUCCGCUACCUGGCCAUGAAGCAAGGCUAUCUAACACGCACGGCCCGUGACAGCAAAGUGCUGGCCAUGCUGUACAUCUUCUUUCUGAUCAACCACCUGCUGAUGUUCACCAUCUCGUCCAUGUUUAUCGGUCUCUACGGCCAGCUGCGCCAAUUGGUCUUGGACGGCAUUCUCGGCGACGAGUACAUUACCGAAUACGUUGCACAGCUCGCGAAGAACAUGUCCGAUGUGUCUUCGUUUUGGAUUAACUUGUACUGCAUCCGUGCCUUUGGUGUUUCCUUGGAGCUGGUUCAAGUCAUGCCCGUGCUGAUGGUGACAUUGCGGAAAUACUUUAUGCGAUUGACGCCACGUCGGUUCAAGAAAUUGGCCAUGCCGCCCAACUUUGACUUUGCGUUGAAUUACAACAUCGUCUUGUUUUUCUUCACAAUUGCUUUAGUCUAUUCGUCCACAGCACCCUUGGUACUACCCUUUGCGCUCGUCUAUUUCGUUACGUCGUCGUUUGUCUACAAGUACAUGUUGAUGUACAUAUAUGUCACUAAAACUGAAAGUGGCGGACGCAUCUGGCCAACAGUAUUGCAUUCGACGAUAUUCUCGACUAUUGUCUUUCAGUUGGUCAGCUUUUUGCUUUUGUUGCUCAAGGGGGGGUAUGAGCAAGGUUUAGGCAUUAUACCAUUGCCGAUGUUCACCCUGGCGUUCCAAUGGUGGUACGGUCGUCGUUUAAAACGCUUGACAUCAAGCGAGGCCUUGGCGUUACAAGACGAAGAAGAAGGAGAGCAAGAUCACCAUGAAAAACCAUCUUCGUCAGCCUUGUUGCAAGACCAAUAUCGCAAUCCGCUUUUCGACCAUACCUACUUGAUGCCUGUCAUUCACGAUGACAUGCGCUCACUUUUGACGCAAAUUUACCCCAAUUAUCAAGAGCAACAGCAACGACGGGGACAUAGAAGAAGAUCUCCCUCUUCUUCUUCUUCCUCUACAAACUUUGAUCCGAACAAUAAUAAUAACGACGAGGACAUUGCUUAUCAUGGAAUCAGCAACAGCAGUAGCAGUAGCAGUAGCAGUAGUGAUAGUGACGGUAACCAACCAUUCGGCAUGUAUCCCACGAACCCGGAUUUCCAUGUCGUUUUACACGACCCGGUCGAGAACCGAUCCGUGGUGUUCCAUACCGUCACCGACGACUAUUACACGUACGAUCAAAAUCAAAAUGACGAUUACUGCCCAUGCUGCCAUGGACCACGACGACAAUAUCUCUACUACGACGAUCCUCCUGUGGGCGACUCUAAUAUACCAAUAAUACCAGUAGACCCGCGCAACGAAAAAGCGUUGAUGGGUCAGCAACAACAGCAACAACAUCUAUCACCAGCAGAACAACCUUCAGCCCCUCCUUUGUCAUUAAUCCUGACACCGUCCCAAUCUUUUGAAGCACGGCGGAAAUCGUCGGGACCCAUAGAAGAAUGGAGACAACGGAUGGAUGUGCAGCGAUCCUUUCAACCUGCUCCUGCUGGUAACAGCGGUGUUACUGAUCUUUUUGCCGCUGAGCCUUCUACACCUCAAACGCCCGAAUUACCGACAUACUUGGACGCAAUACGUUCUCCGCCACUAUUGCGUCCUGUCCAGCCACCGCUUCGUCGCCAUUCCGAUCCAAGCGUUUAUAAUGCCAAUAACAGCAAUCAGCACUAAUCAUACAAGGAGCUGUUCUUUGACACACGAAGUUAUAGGGCUCUACUUUUUGACGGACCGAGGAAAGCAACAACUUGUACCAUAUUGUAUCGCAUACAUAGCCCUCUCUUUCUCUCCUCCAUCUUUCCUUCUAACCUGUAUAUACUUAUAACAACCAAUAUCACCACGUGCAUGUCUUUUUCCUAUUAUCACUUAAAUACACAGAGAUUACAUCAUCCUUUCAUUUUAAUCUUUUGUAUGGAUUGUCCCUUUUUUUUCAGGUACGUACUCAAUAGCCAUAUUAAUAGUAAGUAUUGCUGGUACCACAUGAGAUCAAAAGCGCAAUUUAUCGGCAGCAUGUUUAUACAUAUUGCCAAGAAUCGCAGGGACUUGGCCGUAUUGAGAGGAUAUGAAUAGAAGCG